UUUUCUCUUUUACUCAACAGAUUUUCCCCUUCUCUCCCACCAAAAUCCCAUGGAUUUGGGUCUCUAAACAAUACAAUGCUCAACACUUCCAAAAUACCCAUUUCCAACUACAUUAUCCACUCUUCCCAAUUUCUCAGUCUAAUUUCUUCCUUCUUUUGCUUUCUCUAACUCUUCAUCCGCCCAAAUCCGAUUCCCUUUUGGUUUUUGAACCCGUUUCUCAUCUUUCUCUUUCUUCAGUUCUUCCUCUUUCAGCUUCCUCAGGUUGAAGUUGGAGCUUCACUUUUCGUUCAUCGUUCAUCGUUCAUCGUCUGGUUUCUUACUCUUAUUGAUGGAAAUUUGUAUUGGGAAUCGGUGUUGUUUAGAGAAAAGGAAAACGUUCAAAAAAAUUUAGUAUAGAAGGAAACUGAGAGUGUGUUGGAGUAGAGGAAGUUGGUUGAUGUAUUUGAGACUCAGGGGCAUUGGUCAUAUGGGGGAAGGAUCAAUGGAUGACAUGGAAGGAACUAGAGUUACUUUGAUCGAGUCGUCGUCAUCGUCUUCGAGAUUAACGAAGAGGUCACGUACCCCUUAUAACGGACCCCAAGUUCCUUCAUGUAUGGUUGAUGGCUGCAGUUCAGACCUUAGCAAGUGCAGGGACUAUCAUCGUCGCCAUAAAGUGUGCGAGUUCCAUUCUAAAACACCGAAAGUAACCAUUUGCGGUCGGGAACAACGAUUCUGCCAGCAAUGUAGCAGAUUCCAUUCUCUGGUGGAGUUUGAUGAUCGAAAACGAAGCUGUAGGAAACGUCUUGAUGGGCACAACCGACGUCGAAGAAAGCCUCAACCUGCAACGAUAAUGCUUAAUGCAGGACGAUUUCUCUAUAGCAACCAAGGUCCAAGAUUCUUACCAUUUGGUAACCAGUUACUGUCUGCUAGCAAUGAUUUGAGCUCAUCUUGGGUCGGAACGAUCAAGCCCGAGCAUAACGACGCUCUUUGCAGCAGCAACUCACAGCUCGACGAUGCUGACAGAAGAAAAAGUAUGUUUCCAGGGUUGUCGGGCUGUGAUUACAAAGAAAAACAGCCACCAUUUCUCAAUGUUGGAUCCAACAACGUUGGGAAUGUUCAGAAAGUGAUGGGAAAUGGCUGUGCUCUCUCUCUUCUGUCAACACCAGUUGAGGCUGGGGAGAUUAAUAAUCUAACCUCCAUGGUCCAAUCCAACCUCAUCCCCUCAUCCCAUUUCAUCCAUAACGAUGGUCUUGGCUUCGAGAGUGACCUCGUUAGUCCUCGUUUGGCCUCGGACGGUAGCAGCGAUGCCAACAUCCGGUGCUACUCGAUGUUCGAGGACGGACCUGAUGGAUCAUCCAUAGAUUUAUUCAGGUUUUGAAACAUGGAAGAAGAGGGCUCAUUCUUCUUGGUUCUGAAAUAGAUCUAAUCUAAUAUGGCUUAUUCUCCUCAGAAUUCAACCUUCCACUCUCUGGUUGCUUCUUUGUUUUUUUGUUCGGGGAGUUUAAGGAAUGCUUUUGUGUUGUCUGUGAAAUGUCUCUUAAAAAUGUUUUAACUUUGUUCAGACUUCAGAUUUUGAAUAUUAAUCUUCAGCCUCUAUUUAGUUCC